AUGGAGGGAGACUCUCCGCCACGGCCCCACAGAUCUCCCAGCGAGAGCUCCUCGAAGCGACGAGACGCCUCGUCCUCUCAGCCGGCCUCGCCCUUGUCCUCCUCGUCUCAGUCUGAACGCAGCGAAGCGUCUCUGACUCUAGAGGCGCCUCCGCGGCUAGAAAAGACGGAAGAGGAAGACAGGGAGAAACGGGAGACAAAGGAGCGUGAGGACGGGCCCUCUGAGGACGAGAGCAAGGAGGGAGAGAAGAGCGAGGCGUCCUCGGCGAUCCGAAUCCCUGUAUCAAUAAAAGUGUUCAACGGAGGAACGACGAAUGUGCACGUCGAUCCAUCGAUCUCAGUCGAUGAGUGGAGAAACCAACUAGAACCGAUCGUCCACAUUCCCCCCCACGAACAGCGGCUCGUCGCCUCCGGACGUGUCCUGCAGGGAUGUCGUCUUGUCAGUUCCUACGGCCUCAGAGCGAACGGCGUCGUUCAUCUUCUCCGCAACCGCCCUGCGGCAGGAAGAGAAGCCUCCAGCGCUGUGGGAACCUCGUCAACAGGCCAGUCCACCAGCCGAGGCAUCUCCAGCAACCAAAUCCGCGGCUUGGGAGCGGCCGCGCCUGGCCCCGGCGAGGGCGACGCGCAGCGCGAUUUUGUUCAGCAGCUGAUGCAGUCUUCGUUGAUGAAUCAACUCACGGAGAGUCCCGACUUUCUGCAGAUGGUCAUGGAAUCGAACCCCCAAUUGCAGCAACUGCGCGAACAGAAUCCAGAGCUCAACCACCUCCUGAGUGACCCCCAGAUUUUCCGCCAGUCUAUCCAGAUGGCGAGAAACCCCGCUCUCUUGCGUGAGAUGAUGCGGAGCACCGACCGCGCAAUGGCCAACAUCGAGGCUCUCCCAGGGGGCUUCCACGCACUAAUGCGGAUGUACCACACAAUCCAAGAGCCGAUGUACGCGGCGACGAUCGACGCAGCCGCAAGCGACUCGGUCGGGGCUGCAGAGACGCAACAGGCCUACGAGAUUUCACGCCGCGUCGAGACGGUCGAGGCAAUGCCGAAUCCUUGGGCACCGUCUCUCUCCGUUGCUGUGCAGGGUUCCCCAGAGGCGUGUCUUUCUUUCCCCGGUCCCUUCGGCUUCCCGGUUGAUCGCAUGCGUUUGUCUUCUUCGCCGCGACCGCCGCAGCCCCCAAGUCCGUCGCCGCCUGGAGGCUCUGCGCCCCCGUCGACACUCGCCGCCGAGGGCGGCCGUGCAUCAAGCGAAAGGCCCGCUAGUCGGCCUAUACGCGGAGAAGGGAGCGCGGCUGCGACGGAUUCCGCGCGCGAGGCUGCGGCCUCACCCGCGUCGAAUUCGCUCCCCUCUGGAGAGCCGCCUGAAAGAAAUCCACUGGGAGGAGGAUCAGAGGAUGGAGACGGCGCAGGCGUGGGGACUCAGGACGAUCCCUCUUUUCGCCUCGUCAUGGACCUCUUAAGAAGCAGUUUACGAAACUCCCGAGACAUGAGACAAGUCGAUCAAACGAACCGAGGUGCGGCGCAGACUGCAGCCUCUCAACUCCCUCUCGGUGGUCCAGGACUGCUGGGGAUGCUGUCGCCUUUCGCCUUGGGGUCGGCGCCUUUCGCCCCGCCGUUCUCUCCUCCGACGCGGCAAACGAGCGACGGGGAGCGUGCGCAGACGAGUAUUGCUCCUCAAGUGCCGCAGGAUGAGGCUUCAGCGGCGGCGAGUCGCUACGCAGUGCAGCUGGACACUCUGCGCUCGAUGGGGUUCACAGACACCGCGCAGUGCAUUCGAGCCCUCGAGACGGUCGGAGGAAACCUAAACCGAGCGAUUGACUUGCUUUUGGCGCAGCAGACCCAGCGGCCUUGA